AUGGCAUCUUCAGCCAAGGCCACCACCCUCGACGAACUUUCUCCCCGACCGCCAACUCCUCCUCGAGAAUCUUUUCCAGAUAAAAUAGCUCCUAUGAAGGCUUCAGUCGGUCGUCCCAUCGACCCAAGACUGAGUCUCCAGACACCACCAGGCGCUAAUACACCAUCGUCGAACGGGGCAACCAACACCAAUUCAGGCUCGAGGCGGACAAGGAAGAAAGUCGAAUGGUCAAGCCAUACCGAAUAUCGAGAAGCCUCCAAGUUCUUCAGAUCGUCGCCGAUUACGACCCCUUCUGCUUCUUCGAGGCCCGUGAAGGGUAUCUUGAAGCCGUCACCGUCUCCCAACCCUCUCGCUUCACCUCUUAAUGGCCAUCCCAACGGCCUAUCAAGCCAGAUUAGUAUCGCCGAAAUGUUGGACUCGACAAUAAAACAACUCGCCGGUUCCGACCGGGACUCGCGACUCGAUGCAUACAUGAUGCUCUCUCGUGCUCUCAAGGCUUCCAACAACCUACCAGACCGGGUUGCCCUACAAGGCAAGAUGAGCCUAUUCAUGUCCUUUAUUGAACGAGAUGUCAAAUCCAAAAGAGAUGAGGGGUCUCCUGACUCUUCUCUCAUAUUCCAAGCCCUCAGUCUUCUAACGACCUUUUUGCAUUUUCCAGCCAUUGCUUCUUCUCUCACAUCAGACUUCGGCGUCUUCAUAAUCGACCAUUGCAUUCGAUGCUUCUCGGACCCAGGAAUCUCGAAGGACUUGGCACGCCACCUUAUGCAAGUCGUUGCUUUCCAGUCCUUCUCCCCAAAAGUCAUGUCUUCGGAUCGAGUUGGUCGGUUAGUCACAUCGUUGCACAACAUCGAGGAUCAUUUGACUGGCAAGAGCAUCAUCAUGGGCCGUAUCCAGAUUUACAAGCGUCUUGUGAGGCAAUCUCGAAACCAUAUGGCUGCCCACACGGCCUGGCUAGAGGAUUUGUUUAAUGACAUGCUCACUCCGAUUCGAGACAUUCGAGCGCAGGCAAUUCUUUUGGGCACGGAAGCUGGCUUUUCGCUGCGAAAUGAGAAGCCUGUGAUGCGCAAGGUGACUGAGAUUCUGCAGUCGACGGCGGACAAACAAAUCUAUAUUCAGUAUUACAUCCAGCGCCUCGACACUAUGCUCAAAGAGAAGCAACUCUUGUCAACGGUUCCACAGAUUUGGGGUGCUGUGACCCUUUUCCUGCAGUGCCCUCUCAGUCGAUGGCAACACUUUGCUCCAUGGUUCAAGAUUGCGCAGGACUCGUUCAACUGUACCGAUUCACAGACCAAACUGGAAGCCAACUAUGCCUGGAAUCGCUAUGUUUAUCUUUCAAUCACCAGCAACAAAUUGCCCCCAAAGUCUCUGGGUGUAUUGGCACAACCCCUAGCAAGCCAACUCCGGCGUAAAUUCAGUUUGAAGCAGUCAGAGGAAGCCAUGAAGCUUCGCAGAACAGUGAUGGGUGGUAUUUGCAACCUGUGUUACUAUGCCUUCCGUCCUAGUCAAGAUGUCACGUCGAUCGACGCUGCCUGGGAUACUAUCCUUGCACCUAUCACGCAACAACUAGUCCAGCUCGAUGCACAAGCCGAGUCUUCUGCUGACUCCGUAACGCAAGCGACCCGAAUUGUGACCGGACUGCUCGACGUUUCGACCCCAAGAAGCUGGAAAGACGAAAGGAUCAAGGAUGUUGCUCCUAUAAGCCCUGAGGAGCUGCCUUCAAUCGACUCAAAAUGGGCUCGCCGGAAUUCGGAGAAAAUCUUUGGCCUUGUUGGACCAAUUCUGGAGAAGAAAUUCCACGACUUGGCUAAUACCGAAAGUUUAGCCUAUAGACUCUGGCAAGCCUUCGUUGGUUCUAUUGCUGUCGCCUCGGCAAAGGAUAUCAAGGUGACUGACGAGACAGCGAGAUUCAUCGCCCAAGCUUUCGAUUUAUUGUCCAAGGUGUGGUCAACCGGGCUGCCUGAAGGGUCUGAGUCUGCAGGCACGAAGUAUCUGUCGAGUGUCAGGCAUUAUGUCGAUGUCCUUGUUCGCAACCUUGGCCUGCUCCCCUUCACCGAGAAGAAGCUAUCUAUGUCUCUUGCUAAUACCUUUGAGCCUGCUUCAACUCCUAGCCGGAUUGAUCGCACUGACAAGUCAAACGGCACUGUUCAGACGCCGCUUUAUCACCUAUUUUCCAUACUUUGUUCCAAGCCACCAGGAUUGGCUGAUGAUGAAGAUCUUGCCGAGUGCUUCUUAGCUGUCUUUGAUCCAUUCUUCCGAGGCAAAUCUUCAAGAGCUCGAGUGGAGUUGUCGAGAGAGAUGCUCCGACUCUUACCGCGAGACGCUCUUUCACCAUACGGUCCAUGGGUUCUCGCUGCUCAGAACAUUCGUACUUUGCUGGAUCAAAACCCAUCGCCAUCCGGCUCGCUACCAACCAGCAGCGAGAGAUUACUUGGACCUGAAUACCGGGAGAUAGUAUCGCUUCUCGAACGAGGACUUGUUUCGCACCCCACGCUCCCUGAAGAACAAUGGUUCUCUCUUUUCAACUUGUUAUCCGACCACAUCGCUCAAGAGUCUGGAGAUUCAGGUCGCGCCCUUGGUCUUGUAGAGCCUCUUUCCAAGAUUGUUACGGACAAUUUCUUCGAGGAUUCUGAAAGAUCAAACCAGAUGGCGCUGGCGGUAGCGAUUGCGCUAUUCAAUAUUGCCAAACUACCCCGAGAUCGCCAGGCUGUUGAGGCUGCUCGGCGACGACUUUGGGGUGCCCCUCCCACGGCAUCACGAUCCUCCUCAUUCGACCCGUUCCAGUAUCUUUACCAGCUUCAAGGUCAGAGUAUGAAAUACUUCUACGAAAACGAGGGCGAAUGCAAUGGUCAAAAGAUUGCGGCCUAUUUUGAGGCUGUCAGCGCUUUCAUUGUCGCAUCCUUUUCGCAAAAUGGCAUCAAAACUCUCCCCAAGCUACAAACAGGACUCAGUCCAUGGAUCCAGGAUGAAAAUGCGCAUAAGUUGUUGCGCAGUAGUUCUCCUGUCUCUGGAUCUGUAGGUAAUCCCAAUGGGUGCACUCUUCUAUAUGCUAAUUAUCUCCAGGUACGGACUCUGUGGGAUAACAUCUGUGGCCAGCUAUUGACACUCGGUCAAUUGGAGGACAAGGUCCUUGACACAGUCGAGCCUCUCGUCGCUGCGGGUUUUAGAAGUAAACAUCGUCACGUCGUAAACAAAAUGGCAGAGACAUGGAACGCUCUAGUAAAGGACGAAGAGAGCCUGGACUGCUCUGAGAGCCUCAAGUCGAUUAUAGCUUCCUUACGGCCAAGAGUUGAUGUCUCAUUCCCUGGUAUGGAACUUUCCAGUGGCGAGUUCGGAGCCCAAGCGCAAACCUUUGUCGAUACCCAGGAAGAUUUGAGCUUCGUCGCUCUAUCAUCUGCCAAGUCAUCGGGGCAAGGCGUUGAGCAAGCAGCCUCACCUGUACCAUCCAUAUCGAAGAUGAGUCUUAGGGGUGCGACGACUAGAAAGCGCCGCAGAGAUGCCACCCCUGAAUCUGUAAAGACAAAACCGGCUAAGCGAACAGCUACACCCCGUCUUCGCCAUGACAACUCUCAAAUCCAAUUUGCCCCAAUUGUCUCAUCACCAUUGGUUGAGGAGUCCCAACAUCUUACUGAAAGGCAGAGGGAAGUCCGUGAGCGACAGGAAGAAAAUGCCGCCAUGUAUCCCGGUAUCCGAUCUAGCCCACGGACCCGAGCAAAGGCUGCGAUCGAGGAGAGCUCCAAGGAUGCUGAGAAUAAACCCAGCAGACUCGAAACUACCCCUGAACGCGCAGCUUCCUACGAUGAGUUCAUCAAUCUGACACCCACUCCUCGACGUGGCCAAGCUCUUCAUCUCGAGGGCUUGAACGACCCACCUUCAUCACCACCGGACCCGAGACGCAACCCUCUGUUAUCUGAAAUACAAACUCGAUCAAAGGCUAGAGACUCGAUCGUCGACUGGGAGCUUUCUUCACCACCUGGUUCACCUUCCAUCAGUCAACAGACUAAUGAAGACCAAGCUGAGGUGGAGACUCCUUCUGCUAAGAACAAGACCUCUGGUAAGAACACACGGUCUAAGCGACGCAGGAGGAGGGCAGAAUCAUCAAAGAAGGAGGAGGUCAUUCCUUCAAGUCUUGGUAGUCAGGAGGUGGUGGCCGAAGACGCGGAGGCACUGCCAGAUGCGCCACCUAGCCAAGAUGUGGAAGAGAUCAAAGAGGAACAUAUCGAACAGCCUGCCCUCAGCCAGCUGGAAAGCCCUCAACGAACAGCCCCGCCUCCAGCACAGGUUCUGGAAACACCAAAAUCUGCAGACGACGAAUUUGUGGAUGCCAGGAGCAGCCCUGCAAAGGCUGUUGAUGAUCAGGCUGUUGAACGUGGCUCUAAGGUGGUUAACAGCCAGAAUCAAGACUCAUCUUUCGCGCUCAGUGAAGGCGAUGAAAGCAGCCUCAUGAGAUUAGUGGUGGAACUUGAAUCCAGAAGAUGCCAUCUUCCAUUCGACAAGUACAACUCAGUUUCUGUUUCCCCCGAGAAGAAAAAGAACGACGCGUCUCCCGAAAAGUGCAUAGAGGUCCAAGGAGACAAAUCUGCCGACGAAGAACAGAAUGACACUAAGGAGCCUCCACCGUCUAGUGUUGUUCCCUCUACGCCUGUCGAAGCAAGCCAAGAGAAGAAUGAAAACCAAAAUACAAACCAAACUGGCAGCAAGAGGAAGAGAAAGCGAAGCGCCGUGCAUGCAGAGACACGUCGCAAAAAGAGACGGUCGGCCGACCCAUCAGGACCAGAGCAGGUCGAAGAUAGCCAGUCAACAUCUCAAGAAACGGCCUCGUCUAUUCCAACCGUGCGACGGUCAUCCAGACGAACCGCUGGACAAAAGCGCAAGGAGCUACCAAACCGAGAGGACCAGGCGUCGCCUACCAAAAGGUCUACACGCUCAUCUUCCCGAGCGUCUCAGACAACGUCAAAGUCGACCGAUGCACGUGAUGACGGGGACACCGAUGAGGAACUCAUGUCACAACUGGUGACAGAGUCCUUUGCAGCCUCGCAAAGUCAAGAGCCUGAGUUUCGGGUGCCUGAUGAAGUCAUUGAGGACUCUAUGGAAGUUCUACCAAUUGAUAGCGAAUCAGGUGAAGAAGUCCAGGAGGAUCAGCCACAAGCGGAAGAGGAGGGCCAAGAAGAAGUUGCCGAGCCAAAAGAAGAUGAGGAUGAAGAAGAAGAAACACCAGUACCACACAAGACAAGGUCAAUCAUGGACACUCUUCGUGGUGGAUUACAGCAAUUGCAGGCGGCAGCACUUAGCCGCGACGAGGUUUACCAGCUAGAAGACAUGCUUAUGGAUAUGAAGAGGGAGCUCUUCGAAGCAGAACGACGAGGAAGGCAUUGA